CCUGUGACGUCAGGCCCCAGCCGGACCCUCGGGAUGGGAGGCUGACUCCAGCCUGGGCGGAGGCCGCCCACCUCCCCACCAUGAUAGCCGACCGCUGUAAGGAGGUACAGCAGAUCCGCGACCAGCACCCCAGCAAGAUCCCGGUGAUCAUCGAGCGCUACAAGGGUGAGAAGCAGCUGCCCGUCCUGGACAAGACCAAGUUCCUGGUCCCGGACCAUGUCAACAUGAGCGAGUUGGUCAAGAUCAUCCGGCGCCGCCUGCAGCUGAACCCCACUCAGGCCUUCUUCCUGCUGGUGAGCCAGCACAGCAUGGUGAGCGUGUCCACGCCCAUCGCGGACAUCUACGAGCAGGAGAAAGAUGAGGACGGCUUCCUCUACAUGGUCUACGCCUCCCAGGAAACCUUCGGCUUCUGAGCCAGCAGUAGGGGGGUCGGCCUGGGAGUGGGGGGAAGCCCGGUCAGGCCCUGCCCAGAGAACCCCUGGUUCCUGAACUGAGCUGCCUCUGCUUGGGGGUGGGCUGGGCAGGGAUGUGGCCCCGUAGUCAGAGGGCACCAACCCACCUCCUCUGCCCCUAAGUGGUUUUGUUAGGGUUGCCCCUCUGGGUGCUGGCUGGGAUGGGGGAAGGUGGGAAGCAUCCCCCCACACUCCUGCUGUGUGGUUCAUCUUUUUUUUUAGGCCCCUGCCUGCCCCUCACCCACCCGAGGCUCUGCCCACUACCUGGACCUGCCCACCCCUGAAAGACUGGCCCCCCCACCCCUCCAUCUCCACAUGGUGUAUGGAUCUGUGGUCAUUGUCCCUCUGCAGAAUAAAGAUUGCUCAGGCCUGCCUGGC